GAUUCCAACAUUCGCAACGAUAAUAUAAUAGAACCACUAUAUUAUGGUGCGGUGCGUAUUAAAAAAAAUAAAUAAAAAAAACCAAUCUGUCAAUGUAUUGCGAGUGAGGAAAACAACAACAAAAACAACAACAACAACAUUAGCAAAACAACCGAAUAAGUGGAUAAACAACAUUACAUAAAAAUAAAUUAUUGUGUUUUGAAAGUCAUCGGAAAGUGAUAAUUUAUUUUUAUCCAAGUCGGAAUCGUGUACGGCAAUGUCAACGAGAUUUGCAUUUUUCAGUCUAAUUACUAUAAUUUGAUCAUCUUUGCUACUUGCAAAAUUUAACACACAGACAAAUUGUCAGUGAUCAUUUGUUGCGACAAAAAUAAUCAUUCAGCUUUUCAGUUGCCUUGAAAUCCAGACACACUAGAAUCUAUCCGGAAUACAUGUAGGUUUCGAGUGAUUUUUUCCCAUUGAAUACAUAUAAUAGACGACGUUUCACACAAAAAAAAACAAAAUACUGGAAAAUUUCUGUCUCAAAAGUUCAUUGAAGUGGUUAUUGUGAAAUGUCACUGAGAGAACUAAUCGAUCCGGAAUGUGGUGGCGCGAAUCCGUUGAUGCGACUAGGGAAUCAGAUAGUGCAGGAUGCAGCCCAUAAAGAUGAGGGUAUAUCCGGUCGGCCGAUGCCAUUUGCCGAGGUAUCAAGUCGGCCACAGCAAAGCUUCAGUGAAAUGAACCAAAACCAACUCGUCAAUGAGUUUCUCGGUCAAAUGAGUGCACCGGCACCACAAACAUUUCGCAUGGACGCUUUAUUACAGGAAAUGCGAGAAAUUGAUGCACAAAACUAUCCAUUGGAAGUGGUUCAAGCACCGACCGUAUCAGCCGAAGUCAACAAUGGGUUGAAUUGGGCCAAUCAAUUUCAUCAAGGACCAAACACACAAGCAAAACUAGAGCCGAAAGAUGCACCGAUCAAAGCAAACGACGAGGAACAGUUUUGGCAAAAUCAUCCGCACCUCAUCACUCAAUCGCUGCCAUUGGCUAACAUUCAAAACACUUCUGAACAAAGCACAAUGCCGCUAACCACCGCAGAAUUUUUCGACGCAAAUGUUUUAGGAAAUCACGUUGCACCCUUACCUGCGGAGCUAGCUCAUCCUGGUCACUCUGAACACUACAAAUACAACGAAUUUAUGCGAUUUAUGAAUAGAGUUAGCGAUGGAGAGGUUAAAAUAGAAAACAGUCAACAGCCGAUUCAUUCGUGGACAGAUGAAUUUGCUGCGGAAACUAGUGAAGCCGGAGUGACAGCUGCAGCCGCAGCUGCAGCCGCAGUGACCACAUCUGAACAGGAUUCGGACUGGGUUCGAGAUUUCGCCGAACAUAAAGCCAAACAAGAUGUUGAUAACGAAGAGUUCAAUAAGCAGUUUUGGAAUCGGUUGCAAGAUGAGUGGAAGAAAAUAUCUGACCGACUUGAUGAUCAAUCACCGUGGCUUUCUGAAUUUAACGAAUAUUAUAAUCCAUACAAAGAAUACACAUUCGACGAGGAUAAUCCGAUGUUGGGCGUUGAAAAUGCAUUCGAAAAAGGGAAGGCAUUUCUCGAACGUGGUGAUAUCCCCAGUGCUGUGCUGUGUUUUGAAGCAGCUGUGCAACAAGAUGAGAAUAAUGCUGAAAUUUGGGAGCUGUUAGGAACAUCACAAGCUGAAAAUGAAAAAGAUCCGAACGCCAUUGCUGCAUUGAACAAAUCACUUGAACUGAAUCCCCAAAAUCGAAAUGUUAUGAUGGAUUUGGCAAUUUCAUACACUAACGAGAGUUUGCAGACUCAAGCGCUUCGCAUGUUAAUCGAUUGGCUUCGAUCAAAUGAAAAAUAUCAAAAUCUUGUACCAGCUCAUUUCAGUAAAAAUUCCGAAGGAAUGAUAGCAAGCUCAUUGAUAAAUGGCCCCGAAUUGAUUGAUGUUCAAGAUCUGUUUAUUCAGGCGGUGCGACAAUCACCAAAUGAAAUUGAUGCCGAAAUUCAGGAGGCACUGGGAGUCUUAUUCAAUUUAUCGUCCGACUAUGAGAAAGCAGCUGAUUGCUUCCGAGCUUCCCUACAGGUCAAACCAAACAACGCUAAAGUAUGGAAUCGCUUGGGUGCGAGCUUAGCCAAUGGUAAUCAAUCUAUUGCCGCCGUUGAUGCGUAUCAACAUGCUCUAGCCAUUGAACCGGGAUAUAUUCGGGCACGAUACAAUGUCGGUAUAAUUUGUAUCAAUCUGAAGUCAUACAAAGAAGCCAUCGAACACUUUUUACUGGCGCUUAAUCAUCAAGCCACUUCGUUGUCACGAUCGGGUCUGCAAAGUGUCAAAGAUACCAGCAAUCAAAUGUCAGACACAAUAUGGAGCACACUACGUAUGGCCAUCUCACUUAUGGGCCGCAUGGAUCUUCAAGAAGCAAUUGAUAGUCGCGAUUUGGAUAUACUUAAUCGAGAAUUCCAAACCAUUGAUUGAACACAAAAUUGGGAAAUGGUGAAAUUUUUACAACACUAUAAGUGGGUUAUGGUCUAGUUUUCUUAUUUUGUUGUGGAUGGAAAUAUUUCGACGAAUCGAUAUUAAGGCUUAUUGGAACGGAAUAAAGGGUAAAAACGAACAAUGUCAAAGACAACAAUCAGUGUGACUCUUUUCAAGUGAGUUGAAAUAACUAUGUUGUUUUUUCUUGCAAAUGACCUUUAAUUUCGUCGGAAAAAUUGUGCUUAAAAAGCGUCAUGCGCUUAAAUAAUCAGAAUAACCAAACAAUUUUACAACUAUAUUUUCUAAGUGGAUUUUUAAUCUUUUUGGGGGGCUUUUCAAAACACUUAAAAAUCAAAUAACACAAAAUCAACUGUUUUUGUCGUGUGUUUUAUUUCAAUUAAAAAAUAAAGAUCAAAAUUACAAACUAUCGAACGUUGAA